GCAACCGCUUCUUUCCAGGCGUGUCAUUCCCUUGCAUUCCUAGCAGCUACGAUGCCGACCUAUGACGAGAUGACCAUUGAGGCCGUCAAGGCCCUCAAAGAGAGGAAUGGCUCGUCCCUAUUUGCGAUCAAGAAGCACAUCACAGCCUCCUAUCCGAGCCUCACGUUCACCGCUCACUUUAUGAGGAGCGCCCUCAAGAAGGGCGUCGAGUCGGGCAAGUUUAUCAAGGUAAAAAACUCGUACAAGCUUAGCGCUUACCGCCAAGAACCCGCCGCCAAACCCCAAGAAGCCCAAAAAGAAGGUGGUGGAGAAAAAAAAAAACCCAAAGAAGCCGGUCAAGAAAAAGCCCGCCAAGAAGGCAAGCGGUUGGUAUCGUCCAAAAAGAAGGCUGUUCCCGCUGUGGACACCGACGAUGAAGGGUCGGGCGCCGAGGAGGACGAGCCAACCCCGAAGAAAAAGGUGGCGAAGAAAUCAGCAGUCGUCAAGUCUGCCAAGAAGAAGGUCAAGAAGAAGGAUGCCACCCCAAAGAAGAAGACCUCCACCCCGUCCAAGGAUAAGGCUUCCACGCCCAAGAAAAAGAAAGCGGCCACAAAGAAGAAGCCAUCGUCGGCCGUGAAGAAGAGCCCAGCAGCGAAAAAGAAAAAGAAACCCGCCGCGGCCAAGAAGACUGCCACCAAAAAGAAGCUCGUCACCAAGAAGAAGGCUGCUCCCGACAAGAAGAGGAAUGCUUCUUCCGCCAAAAAGAAGACGAUCGCCAAGGACACGAAGGCCGCCCCGGAAGCGACGGCAGCACCUGACUCUCCCGCCGCCUCUCCGGCACCGUCUUCCCCCGCCACCACCUCUCGUUCUCCAUCCCUUUCCCUCUCCAAUGGCGCGUCGCCCACGACAAGUGCCUCUCCUGAGGCGGCACCAUGACGACGUUGACUCGAGAUGGUUUGCCUUUCCGUUACAACUCCCCCGCCCUGCGACGCUUCCUCAAAAGACUGGUGGCGGCGUAUUCCCAGCUAGCUCCCUUGUUUGGUUGCGGCAUUCAAAUCGAUUGCAUUGACAUGUCAAAGAGACGGUAUUCUUCAUUCCGCUCUGGAAGGUGUGUGCCCACACCCGUAGAACUUUAGCCCUGGUUGUUGUAGAUGAAAACCUCUCUGAGCGUGAAAAUUCCCGACACCUGCCGGCCAGUGCGUGUUCAUUGGAGUUCUUUCAGCCUUGGUGCCGGACCUUUUUGUCCGCCGGACAAGAGGGCUUGGUAUAUUAGAUGGUAUCUCGCAGAUGCGGGGAGCUACUGCUGAAAGGCCUCUCUCGAAGAUCGAUCUCGUGGAGACAGACGAUUUCGUACGUGAGGAGUUGUACAGAAGCGCGACACUGGUGGUGCUUAUCCUACACCAUAAUGCUGCUUCUACUUGUACCAAAUGACAAGUUGGGACAGAAGUAGUUUCGGGUGUUGGAAAUCUGGGUUGAAGGCCUUGGGUUGCUCCCCGCGAGCUCCGGUUGAUCAACGCCGCCGUGCAAGACGCUUGCAUGCGAAUUCUGUACUCACUGAUGCCGCCGCCGCCGCCUGAGGUUGAUAGAGAUGUUGCUGGUUGUAUGAGAUGGGUGAGGUUUCACAACCGGAUUAAUGUCUGACUCAGUA